AUGUGGCUAAUUUGUGUCGACGCUUUCUCGCAAUUUCCGUUCGUUGUACAACUAUCUACAACAACAACGGUUGACACCGUAUCAGCAUUGUCUUCUAUAUUUUCUCUGGAAGGUAUACCAGAAACCAUCGUAAGUGACAAUGGUCCGCAAUUUACAGCUGAAGCAUUCAAACAUUUUUGCUCAAAACUUGGCAUCAAACAUAUAACAACAGCGCCGUUUCAUCCAGCCUCAAACGGGUUAGCCGAACGAUUCGUCAGAUCUUUUAAAACUGCUGUUCAGAAAAACAUUGACGAUGGAUUGUCUCUCAAAUUCGCUGUAUCAAAAUAUCUUGCAACAUAUCGUGCAAUGCCGAAUGCUGAAGGUAAAUCACCUGCGGAACUUUUACAUGGAAGGCCUGUUCGUACCUUGUUGAGUCAACUGUUUGAAUCGCCUAGGAAGCACCUUGAAGCUUCGAAACGGAAAAUGAAAUUCAGUCUAAAGCAACCCGUCUUCGCUCGAAACUACGCAAGAGGGGAAAAAUGGAUAAAAGGAGUUAUUGUGAAACAACUUGGUAAAAUGGUUUACCGAGUGAACACAUCUUUUGGUUACAUCAAACGUCAUGUUAAUCAGCUUAAAACUAGAAGUAGCUCUGACCUCUCUUCACAACCAAUUUUUGAAUUCACUCCAAAUUUCAUCAAUGCCACACCGCCUUCAUCUAGCCAAUCAACAUUAAUGCCUAGUGAAGAACGUUCUACCGAAGUAGUUCAACUUCGAAAAAGUGGUCGUAUUCGGAAGGUUAUUAAUCGAUUUGAAUCCGACGAUUUCAGGAAAACUUGA